AUGCACCCACGUGCCUCACUGAGCUUCAGCUCUCAAGGUUCCUCCUCCACCGUAUCACCGAGCCAGGCUAUACAGACCAGCGUGCCUUCUGUGCCGCAAGCGGAUAACGACGAGCUCUGGUCGUUGUCCAGCGCGAAAACAUUGGUAGAUUGCUUCCUCCAAGAGCCGAGAUACCAGUUUGACUUCAAUCGCCAGGCUGCCUUGCUCACUAUGUUCAACACUCGAUCCGAAAUUCUCAUCUUCCCCUCGUCUACCGCGCUUCAGACCUACAAGUUUUGUAAGAAGUACGCCAAGGUCUAUCCCGAAAGAGUGCAUUACUUCCAAUCACAGGGGUUAGGCUCUCCCGUGUUGGUAAAAAGCUCCCCAAAACCAUCGUUGAACAUAUUCUCCAGGCCGAAGACUAAUGUUCCGUGUAUCACGAUUUACAAGUACAUCCAGCCCCCGCUACCAAACCAGAAAGAGGCCAAUAUGGAUAAACAUGAGUACGUGAAGGUGUACGAGAAGCCCGUUAACGACAAAGCGUGCACAGCCUUUACAUUGGCCUUUACCCCGGAUCCUCUUAGCCCCGAAAACAAUUUCCAGAUCACGAUGUUGAGUCACCAUUCCAAGAACUAUAUCGACUGUAUGGUGAAGGGCACCAAAUUGCGGAUCAUGGAGAGAAAAACCAAGAACAGAGCCACCAAUAUCUCCAAGAGCCUUGUCAAGGCGUUGGUUCUCGACGAUGAGAUGGAGAUCCUCAAUGACUACUACAGUGAAAACUUACCUGAAACUGGGACUGGUAAGGGCAAAAAGCAAGACUCUGGUAGUAUUUCCCCCGAUUGCCACUUAAUGAACGACUACGCAUACAUCGACUCCGCUCCGUUACGGCUUUUCUUCAGUAAUUUUAGGAGAAGUCCACAGAGCUUCAAGGAUAUCGCCCAGUACACCUCAUCCACUCUCGAUUUCAGCGCAGAAAUCCCCGAGGAAGAGACCAUCACCAUCUUGGAGAAUAGUGGCCGCACGGCCGAUUCGGUAGCCCACGAACAGUUUGAGGCGCGAAGGCGGACAAAAACGUCGUUUCCCUCUUCGGUAGCAGCUGAGAAUGCCUUUUUGUUGCCUGAUUCGCCGUCCUUUUACGAUACAUUCCUGUCCUUUUCACAGAACGAAAACUCCCUUAUUUUGAGUUGUAUUUUGAUGGUGGCGAAGGAGCAGAAGAUGAAGCAGAAGUGCACAGGAUCGAAGCGGCGCGAGGCGUUAGUCAGUUCGUGCGAUUCCACGGAGACGAACUACACCGGGCAACUUGGAUUGGGACACUUGGUAACGUAG